GGUAAGAUUUAGUGGGGUUUUUCCAGCUGUCUUGAUUUUUCUUCGGUGUCAAAGCUAAAUUUCAUUUGCUUGCUAAUUUAGAACUCACAUUUGAGGAGAAGGAACGAUUACAGUAUAUCAGACACCAAAAGGCCCAGGUUAUGAAAAACAUCGAGGUAAUAAAACUUAUAUUUGACUUCUGGUAGUCGUUAAAACUCGAAUUAAAUGAUAUUACGAAUCAAAUUGAAAGUCUCGGAUUCUCAGUCGAUGGAGAGGACCCGUCUCUGAGGCGUCUUGCCCUUGCUUGUAAAAAAUUUAAUAGUAAUCCAAAACAGGUUUGGUACUGUGUCGUCUUAUGAUUAUUCUGAAGGGUUUAGAGUACUUGUUUGAACAAAAUAUAAUUGAGCAGUCUCCAGAAGAUGUUGCGAAGUUCUUUAUUGAUCAGAACGAUAACUUAUCGAAGUAUGCCGUUGGUACUUACAUUGGAGAAGUUCGAAAAGAAUUUAAUAUGCAAGUGUUGGACGCAUUUACGAAGUUACAUAAUUUCAAAGAUCAAGAAUUCCUGCUAGCCCUCAGACAAUUCCUUCUUAGUUUUCAAUUGCCAGGUGAAAGUCAGAAGAUUGAUCGUAUUUUGACAAGUUUCUCAGAACGUUAUGUAGAACAGAAUCCGUCAGUCUUUAACUCACCACACGAGGCCUAUGUACUGUCCUACGCUGUUAUUUUGUUAAACACCACCUUGCAUAAUACCAAUGCGAAAAGUCAUAGUCUUGGCCUGGCUGAAGAGAAGACUUUUGUACGUACUAUGAUGGAAUUCGAUGAGGAAACUAACUUAUCGGAAGAGCUUGUUCGUAAAAUUUACCAUGCUAUCAAAUCAGAACCACUUCGAGCUGUUUCUGAUGAUUUAUCUGUGCGUGGAGCGAAUCAGACCAAUGCAAUUUAUAAAGGAUGGCUCUGGAAACUUGGAGGAAGGGUCAAAAGUUGGAAAAGACGAUGGUUUGUAUUGACAGAAGAUAAUCUCAUGUAUUAUCUUACACCAGAACGUUCUCGUCAAACUAAAGGUUUAAUACAACUGGAGGGUAUUAAUAUCCGACUAAUAAAUGAUAAAACUAAAGAGUACUGUUUCGAAUUGUAUUCCCCUCGGAAUCAGCUAAUUAAAGCGUGUAAAGUUGAAAGGGAAUUGGUUGCAGCUCCAGGUCAUCAUACAGUGUAUCGAAUGGCUGCACCCACACUUGCUGAAAGAGAUGAAUGGAUCCGUAUGCUAGAACGUGUUACACGUCGUCUAGCUGAACGACGUGGUACACGCAGUAUCAGUGUAGACUGUACUGGUCCUGGUUCUGCAUCAAUGACUGUGGGACCAAGUCAUCAUUUACCGCCACCUGUAUCCUCUUUAUCAUUGAGACGCAAUGGAGCAGGCAGUCAACCUGAUUUACCUAGUCAGCAGUCUGUGUUAAACUAGUCUUAAAAUCAACCCGUUAUCAAAUAUUACUGUGUAUAUCAAUGUUAAGAAUUCUGACUUCGAUCUUUUGGUAUUCUCAUUUCAUUUUCCUCAUCUGUUUAUGACUAUAAAUUGCCGUGUUCCUGCGUAUAAUGCAGUUGUACAGUGCUAGAAAACAUUUAGUUGCUAAUACACGUAUAAGCACCAUUGCUUUUCUUAAGUCAUCAAUGUACAUUUUGUUCUCCUUCUUCUGUUUAGUUUUUUUCCUCACAUUCCUGUUAUUUUUGCGACCUUUUUUACCUGGUGACUUGACGUUUUUGGUCAUCAAUAAUCUCAUGGUUGUUAUUUUUUCAUUUCUCGGUUUCCAGUGUGGUUUUUCUCAAGUUUUGUUUGUUUGACUUUAUUGCAUUUGAUCUGUUGGUUUACUUCUCCGUAUUCCUUUAAUAUGCUUCCUGAUGAAUAUAUGAGAAGAAAUUGGAAAUGGUAGGCAGAAAAGUGGGAAAGCUAAUUGACUUAUUGUUGUAUUCUUGUUGUAAAAAUACUUCAUCUGUUUGCUUAUUUAUUAAUGGUAAUUUAACACAAUAGAGACAAAUUAAAGGAGUCCGACGGUAUCUUCAACUUAACUAUUUUUGUAUGAUACGUUUCAAAUGAGGUGUUGUGCAUAGUGUUUGUUUGUCUUCACUGUGCGUGAUCGUCUUAUCUCCUGUACGUUGAAUCUCUUGGUUGUUGUGAUGACGUCUCUCAACGCCUACAAUAUCACGUGUUAUAUUUCAAUUAAGCAAUGGAUUCCCUGAUUUGUACCCAGGAUGUCUCAUCUUUUACAUUAAUUUAUUGUUCUAAUGGUUGUAAUCAUUAUUCUAAGCUUAGUUUUCAUGCUAUGUUUGUUUGCUUUCCCGGCUAUUUUACUUAUGGACAAGGUUUUGUCGUUUGUGGUGAUGGUGGUCGUCUGCUCUUUACUUUCUGAUACUUCUAACUUUUUCUCCUUGAAGAAAUACUCUUGACCAAUUAUAGGUUAUUUGUGGUGUUCUCACUUUGUGCUGGAUUCAUUCUUCAGUGCCUCAGGUAUCAUUUGUAAUUUUUUUAAACGCAGUUUUUUUCUUGUACACUCACAUACUCAUCCACAUAGAUGUAAAUAUAUAAUAUAAGUAAAUAAAUGUAGAGGUUU